UUCCCUUCAAAACCCUCCCAGUCCAACUCCCAACCAACUAUAUCCCACUGGCUUGGAGCAAGCCUCCUUCCUUACAGCAGCAAUACUUCGCUUGGAACCCUCCUAAGGUUCCUGCAAGAGCUAUUUAGAAGUAGGCUGCUAGGCCAUGGCCUGAAGAACUUACUCUAGUUCAAGAGUGCAAGCAGGGUUAGAGCAGGAAAUAGGAAGAAGAGAGAUAAAAAAAAAGGAUACAAAUUAAUGGCAAAAACACCUAUUUCAAGCCACCAUCACCCUAAACUCCUGAAAUAACACCCAAAUUACAAAAAUGUAUCAUAAAUCGACCCAACCUAAUCCCUCCCUUCCCCUAUCCCCAUCCCUCCACCCCCUCUCACCCUCCAACCCCCAUGCCCCAACCCCCCCCCAAAUUCACUUCAAGCCCCUUUCUCCCCUCAAACCUCUCAACCCCAGCCUAAGCCAGUCACCAAGAAGCAGCCAAAUCUAUAAUUCUUAACCUAAAAUACCUGAAUCGUUCAAUUUUUGCAGUUUGCUUAAAUACAAAAAUAGGCUCGAGGGUGGAUUUUUAGAGAAAAUGUUUGGAUUUAGGUGAAUUUAUGAAAUUUAAGUCGGAGGAUUUUUAGUGGGAAGGUUGGGUGGGUGGGGGAGUAGGACUGGAGUUAUAUAGGUAGGGGAUGUAGUAGGUGCUCUGGUGGGUUCUGGAUGUUGUUUAGGGCAGAUUUGGAAGUGCCUGGGGUAGUAAGGAUGCUAAAGAUGAAGAAUUUAUUAGUAGUCUUGUGGUUUAUAAGAAAUCAAUUUUGGUAGGCUAGCAGGAAUAAAAUUCCAAGGCUUCUAUCAAGAUAGAGACACUAAAAAUGAUAGCUGAAGGUUAAUUUUGAGACAGCAAUUUACCGAGGUGAUUUAGGAUAUCUCUUUUUCAGAUAAAUUAAAGUUGUAAAAAUUCUCAAUGAAUUAAUUUUUCAAUAGGGUAGGAAGACAACAGCUUAUUUUAUCAGCCAAAAGCUUUAAAAUUGAAACAAAAUCGAAGAAAAAUCGGCUAUACCAUAAUCAUGAAGGAUAAGUUUAGCAAUAUCUCCUAAUCACGGAAGGCUUAUAUUUAAUUAUUAAUAACCUUCCUUUUUCUCCUUAGACUAUCUCCUUGGAUCUGAGCAUAUGAGUUCCUACUGCUCAAAAAAAUAAAAAAUAAUCAUAAAAUUUAGCAAAAAUUAACUUUGAAAUCUUAUUUCAUCUGGCUGUACAAAUAGCACAAUACUCAAACCUCGAGGUUAGCUUAUUUAAGAAGUAAAAAUAUUAUUUUAUAAAAUUAAAUUUCAAGAUGAACCAACAUACCCAAUGGAAUUUUGGAAGUCAAAGUUCUUUACCCAUAUGGGAGUAUAUAAAUACGCUUUAUCAACUGGGUGAUGCCUACUGCCUCUGUCAAUUACUCCAUGAGAUUUCCCCUAGUUUGGAUGAUUAUUGCACGAACCUUGACCACUUCGCACCUUCGAAACAAGAGAUUGACAACCCUCUCGAUGAUAAGAGUCUUGAAGAGCAAUCAGAGAGAAGUGCACCCAAGAAUACUAAGUCGGCUAGCAAACCAUCUAUGGAUCUAGGCAGCCUAACCCAGACUGAUCCUCAAGAGAGUCAGGUUCAAGAAGAACAAGGAGAAAUUACUGCUGAAGAAAGACUAAUAAGUACAAGGAGAAGAAGUUGAAGAAGGUCUUCAAGAUUCAAUAUCAGGGCUAGACUGGUAAGGAUGAGGAAUCGUAUCCUGAAGGACCUUACCAUUUCAUUCAGCUCUUCUUCCAAGAAGACUAGGGAGACUACAGGUGCGGGACUUUCAAGAAGAUCCCAGUACAUUGGAGUUUCAAGGAAUAACUCAAACUGGCAAGCCCUCAUCAAUGUGAAGAAUACUAAGAAGUAUAUCGGAACGUUUGAGGAUGAACUAGAGGCAGCCAAGACCUAUGACAUCUACGCUGUUGCUAUGAGAAGAGAGAAGGCGCUUCUCAAUUUUAGUUACACUGCUCAAGAGAUGUUAACAGCCAUUUACCACUUCCUUGAACAUGGGAGCACCAUUAUGUAUUCCUAAUUUAUCAUGCUAAACAUGAUUCUGCUUAUUAAAA